AUGACUAUCCGGAAUAUCUCUACACGUCUUCUUCGGCCUAGCUGUGGCUUGUUCAAAAAGCAAGUGCGACAACUGAGUCUCCUGGAGCAUCAUUCACAUAAGCUCCUCAAGGAUUUUAACAUUCCGGUUCCAAAUGGAUUUGUUGUGACUACUCCAGAAGAAGCUAGAGAAGUAGUUUCAACAAUCGAUGCGCCAUCAGUUGUCAAGGCACAAGUCCUCGCCGGCGGGCGGGGUAAAGGAAGCUACGAAAGCGAUGGCAAAGGAGGAGUGAGAAUAAUGACAUCGCCCAUUGAAGCUUUCGAAAAUGCAUCAAAUAUGCUUGGCUAUUAUCUGACGACAAAGCAAACCCCAAUUGGUGGUCUCCUUGUGAAGAAGCUAUAUAUCUACAAAGCUGUAGAUGUAGCGCAGGAAUAUUACGUUGCCCUCACAUUCGAUCGCGAACGCUCCAUGCCUGUCCUACUAAUAUCCGAUGUUGGUGGCGUUGACAUCGAAUCCAACACGGACAAGCUUCAACGUUAUUGGUUCCAUUUAUCCCACGGAAUCACCCCUGAGAUUAUAGCUUAUGUCCAAGCACAGUUAGGCUUCUCUGAUACUGAAAUGUCAGUCAUAGGACACAUCCUUCACCAAAUGGUCAGGCUAUUUGAGGAAAAAGAUGCUACACUAAUUGAGUUGAAUCCGAUUGUGCGCACAUCUGACGGUCAUUUUGUCUGCCUGGAUGCCAAGUUCAAUUUCGAUAAUUCUGCGAGAUUCCGACAGCCUGAAAUAUUUAGCCUCGAAGAGCGCCUGCCGGAUGAAGAGGAGGAGUACGAAGCUUCCAAGCUGGGCCUCUCUUACGUACGCCUUGAUGGCAAAAUCGGGAACAUCGUGAACGGUGCCGGGUUAGCGAUGGCUACCAAUGAUCUUAUCAGCCUGCAUGGAGGAAAUUGUGCUAAUUUUCUCGAUAUUGGGGGCGCUGCAACAAAAACGACCCUGUCAAAGGCAUUCGAGAUUCUCAACCGUGAUCCGCGAAUUCAAGGUAUACUCAUUAACAUCUACGGUGGUAUUGUACGAUGUGAUAUGAUUGCCGAGUCCAUAAUAGCCGCUGCCGCCGCUACUGGGGGUUUUAACGUGCCAAUAGUAGUUCGCCUUCAGGGUACCAACUCCGAGAAGGGCCUGAAACUUAUUUUACAAUCGGGGUUGGAGAAUGUACAUGUGGAAUCGGAUUUUGAAUCCGCGGCAAAGAUGAUUGUGAAUCUCACAGAAAAUAUUCAAUAA